AUGUCGAUUGCGCCAAUCGACAUUCCCGAAAAACGCAACGUUCAUCUUUCACAGGAUUUUAACUCAUUUGGCCACUUAAUUCGCGUGAUCGCUUACUGUCACAAGUUUCGGUACGAUGCCAAUCCAAAGAAUUUAAUCAAAUCGACCGGUCCCCUUUCAGAUGAUGAAGUAAGAACUGCGGGAGACUGUGUAAUAAAAAUUGCACAGGUAACUACAUUUGCCACGGAAAUUGAUUGCUUAUCACGCAAUCAAGAAAUCGACAGGAAAAGCAAACAUUUAAAUCUUAAUCCUUUCCUCGACGAAGGAAUUCUUAAAGUAGGGGGCAGACUUACCCAUUCAAACCUAUUAUAUGAUGAAAAACAUCCAAUUUUGCCGCCCCAUAACCAUUCCAUUACACGAAUGAUUAUCAUUGAUGCGCAUCUCGAAUUGAAACAUGCGGGAACCCAAUCUACUUUAUACUUAGUUCGAGUAAAAUAUUGGCCGAUGGAUGGUCGCAACACCGCGCGUAGAAUUAUUUACAAUUGCGUCCAGUUUUUUAAAGCCAAACCUCGCGGUGCUGGCUAUAAAAUGAGAAACCUACCCGCGAAUCGUUUAGAAUAUUCGCGACCUUUCUUGAAUGUCGGAGUGGAUUUCUGUGGCCCUCUGUACAUUAAAGAAAGACGUAACGUUAAUACUAUCAUGUCUGAUAAUGGUAAAUAUUUUGUUGGUGCUAAUCGUGAGUUAAAGGAAAUUUACGAUAUUGCGUUAUCAGGUUCUCAAAGUCAAGCAGUCAAAACUUAUUUACAGAAAAAGGGAAUAAAGUGGAAUUUUAUUCCUCCGUUAUCACUGCACUUCGGGGGUCUAUGGGAGGCAGUAGUGAAGUCCUUCAAAUAUCACCUUCUGCGUACCGUCGGUAACUCAGUUUUAACGUAUGAACAGCUAGAAACGUACGUUGUUGAAAUUGAGGCAAUCUUCAACUCCCGACCGAUCAGUCCCAUGUCCUCUGAUCCAAAUGACCUCCGUCCUUUAACACCUGGUCAUUUUCUGAUUGGUGGACCAUUAACGAGUUUCCCACAGGAGGAUCUUCGAGAAGUCAAACCAGCCAGAUUAUCUCUCUGGCAACACGCUCAACAGAUGAGGCAACAUUUCUGGUGCCGCUGGCACAAGGAAUACUUAAACGAACUCAAUGUUCGCCAUAAAUGGAAUGCAACUUCGUCCAACAUCAAGGUGGGAUCUUUAGCAAUCCUUAAGGAGGAUAAUCUUGUCGAUACUUCGCCUAUGUUAUGGCCUAUGUGCCGUGUCAUUGAAGUUCAUCCUGGGCCCGAUGGCGUUGUAGGAGUAGUCACAGUAAAGACUGCUACUGGUGUCUAUAAGCGGUGUGUGAGAAAACUCUGUCCACUUCCACUUUAA